AUGGUUUUUACCUUUUCAGAACCACAAUCAACGUCACGAGGAAGAAAAGUAACGAUUACAGUAUCAUCACGGCCAACACUUGGGAAGCUACCUAAACCUAAUUACCAAAAUAUGGAAUAUAAAAAACUUCUUAUUGGCAAAGACGAAGAAGAUGUGGAGAUGGCUACAAAACGAGCAACUGCAUAUGAUGCAUCACCAGAAUGCAAAGUAGGUGUUGUUGUGUUCAGGGGUGCUGGCGUAGUAUUAGCACUGCAUUAUUCUAAUCCUGAAACAGAGAAUAAAAACAAUAUUAGACGAUCUACUCGUCCACAAACAGGAUCAUCUUUAUUUCAUCGGAAACCAAUAUUGAUUUUAAUUAUCGUUGUUGUUUUCAUCCUAAUAACUGUCAUUAGCAUUACAAGAUGGAUUACUUUCACUAAAAAAGCCAAAACAACAAUGAAUGAACCGAAAUUCAACAAAUGGAAACAAAAUGCCAUCACUGUGGCUGGUGGAAAUCGAAAAGGACAAGGAUUAAAUCAACUUAAUUUUCCUUAUGGAAUCUUUAUUGAUCAAAAGAAAACUAUUUUCAUUGCUGAUUGUUGGAAUCACCGUAUUGUUGAAUGGAAAUAUAAUGCUAACCAAGGACAAAUCAUUGCAGGUAGAAAUGGUGAGGGAAACCAAACGGAUCAAUUGAAUUAUCCAUCAGAUGUGAUUGUUGAUCAACAGAAUCAUUCGAUUAUCAUUGCUGAUCAUGACAACAGACGAGUGAUUCAAUGGUUAAAUCAAAAUGAAAAAAUUCUUAUUUAUAAUACUGACUGUCAUGGUUUGGCAAUAGAUAAAAAUGGAUUUCUUUAUGUUUCUGAUCCUAAGAAGAAUGAAGUGAGACGAUGGAAAAUGGGAGAAUAUAACAAUGAAGGAAUUGUAGUGGCUGGUGGAAAUGGAAAAGGAGAUGAACUCAAUCAAUUCGAUUGGCCUACUUUUAUCUUUGUUGAUGAAGAUCAGUCUGUUUACAUAUCAGAGUUGCACAAUCAUCGUGUGAUGAAAUGGGAAAAAGAUGCAAAAGAAGGAAGAAUUGUGGCUGGAGGAAAUGAUGAAGGAGGAAAACUCAAUCAAUUAUCUCAUCCUCAAGGAGUAAUUGUUGAUCAUUUUGGUCAGAUUUAUGUGGCUGAUAGUGGGAAUGAUCGAAUAAUGCGUUGGUGUGAAGGAAAAGAAAAAGGUGAAAUUGUUGUUGGUGGGAAUGGUGCAGGAAAUCAAUCAAAUCAACUGAAUCAUCCCAUAGGUUUAUCUUUUGAUGAUGAAGGAAAUCUUUAUGUUGCCGAUUUUGGAAAUGAUCGAAUUGAAAAAUUUGAAAUAGUUUUGUGA